UUUUAACAAAUUUCUUUUUUACUUGUUCAUUUUUGCUGUUCAUUUUUGCCGUGAAUUUCUCGUUCUUUUUUGUUUUUUCCGUUAGUCUAUUCACAGUUGCUUUGCAAACUUGCCUCAAAAUGAACCGAAUCUCUGAAGACAAAGAAAAUAAAAUUGAACCUCAAGACAGUUUUGAAGAAGAUUAUGAAUCAACAAUUCCUCCUGCUGUAAAUCGACAACUUGGCCAUGGAUGUAUUGACAAGAUUGUUUUUAAAAAUUUUUUGACAUACAAUUAUGUUGAAUGCAGACCUGGUCCUUAUUUGAAUGUCAUAAUUGGACCGAAUGGAACAGGCAAAAGCUCAAUAAUUUGUGGCAUCUGUUUGGCUCUGGGAGGCUCUCCGAAAAUUUUGGGACGGUCAGAUAAUAUCUCGGAUUUUGUUAUGCAUGGAAAAGAUGAAGGAUCUGUUGAGGUUUUUAUCUGGGAUACUAGCCGAGGUCGUGCUGUAGCCUUUUGCAUAAAUAUUGUUUCUCAUAAAAAUUCUGCUACGUAUACGAUUGAUGGAAGGCAUAAAAAACAGUCUGAAUUGAAAGAAGAAAGUGGAAAAUAUAAUAUACAGGUGGACAAUCCUUGUACAUUUCUUGCCCAGGAUAAAGUUAAAAGUUUUGCUGAACAAGGACCUCAAAAGCUUUUGUAUAAUACACAAAAGGCUGGACCAAAAAAUUUACUCGAGAAACAUCAAAAAUUGGAAAAACAAUCAGUUGAAGGUUCAGAAUUUCAAAACGAAUUGGAUCAACUUAUUAAAAGAGGAGAACAAGUCGAUUUAGAAUUAAAAACUAAAAAGCAGAGGGCGGAUGCUUAUAAAGAAUGGGCUGCUAGAAAUAGAAUAUUAAAUUUGUUGGAAAUUAAAAAGGCUUUAAUUGAAUACCAAAAUAAAUUGGAUGCCUUAAAAGAAGCUUCGGAACGUGUAGAUAGUGCUGAUAGACAAGUUAACGAAUCUAAAGCACAAUUGGAUCCGGUUAAUAAAUCAAUUAAAAAUGUUGAGGCAACAAUUGAAUCAUUGGAAAAAGAAAUUGCAGAUUUGAGAAACACAAAUAAAACAGCAACAAAGAAAAUUGAAGAUGCUUUACGUCAUAAUUCAUUGGAUGAAAAGUUACAAAAAGCAGCAGAUACUUUAAAAAAAGUACAAAAUACAUAUGCUCAAUGGGAUAAAGAAAAAGAAUCAAUUACUAAAGAAUAUGAUAAAUACAAAAAUUUUUAUGAAACACUUUCUCAGAAAUUUUCUCCUGAUGAAAAUUUACCCAAAUUAAAAGAUGAAUUAUAUGCAGAACAUGCUAAAAUAAAAAAAGAAGAACUUGAAAUUACAGAAAAGCAAAAGAUAUAUUAUCGUCUUGACAAUCAGCUUCAUUCAAAUCAAAAUUCUCAACGUAAUUCAAUGGAAACAAAAUUAAGAAAUCUUGUCAAAUUUCGCAAUAAUCCAGCAAUUCCAGAUGCUUGGGAAUUUUAUACAAAAAAUAGAGAAAAAUUUAGAGGACAAGUUUAUGUUCCGUAUUUGGAUGGUAAGAAAAAUUUUAAUUUUUUAUUUUUUAAUUUAAGUCCCUAG